CUCUUUCUCUUCGAAUUGCGUCCCGUCCUGACUGACGUGCGCGUUUAGGAAAACAAUGCCUUGACACGUACGACUUGUCAACGAAAUCACUGUGUUGUGAUGAAUUUCUGAAUGAAGAGAAAUUUAACUUGAGACCUGCCAUCAAUAGCUACAACCAUGGUAUGAGCCUUACAUCAGAUGAAGUAAUGUUAGACAAUAAUUAACAUUCUUAAUCGCUUUGCUUGGACUUCUUUGAAAGAUGCCAAGUUUACGGAAGAAAGUUGCUGGUUUCAUGCGCCAACUGUCUAUCAGCAACUUGGCAGGAGCUGUAGAAAGUAUAGGCCUCGGGGAACAGUCGCUUCGAAGUCCACAGUCAUUAACUCAGGAUUUUCCUGGCGGCUGUUUCAUUACACGCUACCUCAAUGGGCUAGAAACGAAACAAGAAGGACCAUCAAUUUUACAUGGUCGAAACCCAGAAGAAUUACCAAGCAGACAAAUCGAGCUUUUUCAAGAAAAUGAAGAAAUAUUUGCAGCCUAUACUGGUCCUGAUAGUGGUCUUACCGCAGUCAAUCUUCAACAGAAACAUUUAAGUAUUAGUGAUACCGAUAUUGAUUACAUUGAUAUGCUAGAUCAAAAUGAGCAAUAUAGAAGUGGAUCGACAACGUCGAAUGUCACAGUUGCUGGAGUUAACAAUUGGUUUAAUCCUCAUGAAAAUGCAUAUGGAAUUGCGACUACUUUGUAUGAGAAAAAUCCUACAAAUGAUACUAACAAUGGAGAACCAAUAGCUGAUUGUUUUGGCAUUGUAGCAAGACCAAACUCUGCUAUACUGGCUCUUGCGGAUGGUGUUAAUUGGGGUACAAAAGCAAGUAUAGCGGCUAGAGCUGCAGUUCAUGGAACUAUAGAGUAUUUGAACCAGACUCUGUUUUGCCCGUCUAUAAAUAGAGAAAUGACAACGACGAAGGAUGUAUUUGUAGCGUUACUUCGAUCAUUCCACGCAGCGCACUCAUUAAUCCUUCAAGAGCAAGGAAUGCUUACUACUUUAACAGUAUGCACGAUCCUUCCACUGCCAAGUUCAAGUUCAAGUACUGAUACAAAUAUAUGCCAGAGAAAAUACAUUGCCUGUACCUGCAACGUUGGUGAUAGUUUAGCUUACGUAUAUUCAGGGAAAACGGGAGUGAGAGAGAUAACGCGAGGAUCUCACGAUAUUCAUUGUAUGCGAGAUAUGCGAGAUGCCUUAGGAGCUUUAGGUCCAGUAGAUGGCUCUAAUCCUGAAUUGAAUAAUUUGACGCUGGCUAUAACGGAGGUCGAGAGAGGCGACAUAGUAUUUCUGACGAGCGACGGAAUUUCAGAUAAUUUUGAUCCCGUAGUGGGUAAAUUUGCAGUUUUACCUAAUCACAAUAGUGACGUUGAUGCCACGCUGAAGAAUCAUGAUGCGCGAUCAAAAACGCGUCGGAGAUCCACGGAAAACUUACGGCACACCGAAUCAAGUAAUAGUAACAUAAACAGCAACAAUCUGCCAGUGGUAGAAGCUUAUCAGAGGCACGAACUCACUCUGCUUCGAAUGGAGGAUUUGCUGAGACGUGGAGUUUCCGGAGAAGGACCACCAUGCAAUAGUGCCAAACAUCUGUGCGAACUUCUUUUGGAUUUUGCUGUUCGCAUAACCGCGGCAAAGAGGCGGAUCUUAGAAGACACGGAAUUGUAUUACGCGCAGCAUAAGGACGGUCAUCUCGUACAGCUCUCGAAGCAGGAGCAAAGAUCUCGAAGAAAAAAGACACUGGAGAAGAUAACUAUGAUACCUGGCAAGCUAGACCACGCGACGGUUGUCGCAUACGUAGUCGGAUCCUAAAUUUCUCCAAAGUGUAAUUAAGGAUAGAGAAAGCAUAUAGUUUUUAUUCGUAUAAAAAUUGAUAAAAUUAAACUUUCUAUAUUGUAACAUUCUUACCUAGCGUUUAAAUAAAAAGACGGAUAUAUCUUUUA